AUGGCUGCUUUCAAGCUGCUCAAUCUACUUACUAUCACCUCCCUUGCUGUCCUUACUACAACUUUCAUCGCGCAGCCCGUGACCGCGCUCUCCUCAGGUGGUAAUUCCCACCUGAACCGCAUCGUUACUGGUGGACACGAGGCCAUUGCGAGGAAGAAGAGGCGCGGUACUAACGGACAUUGUAAGCUCAGGACCUCCACCUCGAUUGCUGCAGCAGCUCAGACUUCAGCUGCUACAACCGCCGUGACCGUCGGUGUUUCUGUCGGUGUCGGUGCUCCUGCCACAACCCCCAUCGCCUCGCCUCCGGCCACCUCCGUCGCACUGGUUCCCACAACUUCGGUUGCGCCGGCUCCCAUGACGUCUGCUGCCCCGUCCCCUUCGUCUGUGCCUGCUCCCGUCAACUCAGCUGGCAAGGGUAAAGUCGGCGUCGCCUGGAAUAGCGAGAAUGAUCCUUCUUCUCUCGCUAAUGUCAUCAGCGAUAAUACCGGAUACCUUUACACCUGGUCUCCAUGGACGCCUACGUCUGACAUUCUCGGUCUCCAGUUUGCUGCCAUGCUCUGGGGACCCAGCCAGCAGUCCGUCUGGGACCAGCUGGUCGUUCCCGGCUACGCCUACGUUGCCCUUGCUCUUAAUGAGCCCGAUGAGCCUUCUCAGCUCAACAUGGACCCGAGCUCUGCUGCUGCAUACUGGAAGCAGGAGGUUAACCCUCGUACCGGGAUGGGCUACGACAUCUGGGGUCCAGCUGUCACCUCCUCCGACCGCGGUGAACAGUGGAUGGACAACUUCCUGGCCGCCUGCGGUGGCGGAUGCACUUUCUCUCACGACGCUCUACACUACUACGACACUGACCCUCAGGGCCUAAUCAGCUACGUGGAACACUGGUACCAAAAGUACGGCAGGCCCAUUGUUAUAACAGAGUUUGCUUGCCAGAACUUCGGUGGCGGCGCUCAAGCAGAUAUGGACCAAAUCUGGAACUUCUACACGACCGUCAUCCCCUGGCUUAUGUCUCAGGACUACGUCGAGGCCUUCUUCCCCUUCGGUUUCCUUGAGGACAUGGGCAAUGUUAACCCUCUUAACCAACUCAUGAAGGGUGGCAUACUCACAGAUCUGGGCAAGUACGUGGUAUAUGGCCCGUAUAAUUAG